AUGUGGGGUCGCAUCCUCCUGACCGUCGACGCCCUGGGCAUGGGGAUCGGCGCGCUCAAGGCCGACUACUUCAGCGAGACACAUAUGUUCAAUCCGAACUGGCCGCCGCACGCCAAAUUUCAUAAUGCCCAAACGGUUGGGCUAGCCGUGACACUCGCCAUGGCAACGCUGUACUUUGCUUGGCGGCGAGCCCCAAGCCCGGCGCUGCACCGAGAAUUCAUGAAGACCGCUGCAUUUGUAGGAUCCAUCUACUGGGUCACGGGUUUGCUCAGCAUCUUGCCCGAGGGCACCACGGGUGUGGACCCGGAGUUCGGGGGCCCGGCGUUCCCGCAGAAGUACAUCUUUACGCCAUUUCUGUUGUGUGGGCUCAUAGGUGCGUGGAUUGAGUAUCGACAUUAG